AUGGACACUGAACAGGGCCUUAAGAACCACACGGCGAAGACCUCCCCCCACGACGAGACAGCCAUGGCGUCUCUUACGACAAUCCCCACAUCCGUCACCCUGUCCGCGGAGCAGUUCGAGAAGCUGUACCUGAGCCCCCUGACCCAGCGGCAGGGCAUGCUCUCGAAGCAGAUGGGCAAUCCUACCCCUUUGGCCCUCGGCGGAUUUGUUAUCACCACUACCCCGUUGUCCUGCUGCCUCAUGGGAUGGAGAGGUGCUACUGGAUCGGGUAUUGCGUUCACUGGGCCGAUUAUCUUCCUCGGAGGCGGACUGCUCGUCUUGACCAGUAUCCUGGAGUUCAUCCUCGGCAACACCUUCCCCUGCGUUGUAUUCGGCACAAUCGGUUCGUCGAGUAUCUCGAAAGCAACGUUGCAGACAAAACUGACAGUAGCAGGCGCAUUCUGGUUCGCCUUCGGUUGCACUAUGACUCCCGCGUUUAAUGCCGCCGCCCCCUUCUCAACCUCUGCUACCGACACAGUAGCCGGCCUCAGCAGCCCCGACUUUCUCAAUACAUACGCGUUCCUCUUCAUUUGGAUGGGCGUGCUCAUGCUCAUCUUUUUGGCCUGCGCGACCCGCACAAACGCAGUGUACGUUGCCAUCUUCACGACGCUCACGCUCGUCUUCGGCUUUUUGUCCGGCGCAUACUGGCGUCUGGCGGUUGCGGAUGCCCUCGUUGGUAAUCGAUUGGUAGUGGCAGCUGGGGCGUGCCUGUUCGUGGCGAGCAUGCUGGGGUUCUAUCUCCUCGUGGCGCAGUUGUUUGAUUCGGUGGGGCUCCCUGUCCGUUUGCCAGUCGGGGACCUGAGUAGGUUCUGGGAUCGGCGUGCGAGGUGA